GACGCCUCCCCGGGCUCGCCUGAGGAGAAGCCCACGCUCCCAGCAGGCCGCGCGCCCGCCGGCUGCGGCUCCCAGCGUCCUCCGCGGCCUCGCGGCCGGCCGAGUGCAGCGCCGACCCGGCGGGGACUGGUCGGGGAAGCGACGGCCAUGGCAGCGUCGGAGGACGACCGUGAGGCCGCAGCUGAGCCGCUGGAUGUUGCGCGGGGCCUGGAGAACUUGGCGGUGAGCGCGUGGCCCCCGGAGGCGAGGCCGCCGCCCUUCAAGUACACUCCUGAUCACGUGGAGGGGCCCGGAGCAGACACUGAUCCCACUCAGGCUGUCUUUCCUGGAUGCGCGUGCACCACGGCUCCCUGCCUCCCUGGCACCUGCUCCUGCCUUCGCUGGCAGGAGAACUACGAUGAUCAUUUGCGCCUUAGAGGAAUAGGAGCCGAAGCAGACCACGCCGUGCCCGUGUUUGAGUGCAACAUCAUGUGCCAGUGCAGUGACCGCUGCAGAAACAGGGUGGUCCAGCGGGGCCUGCAGUUCCACCUCCAAGUGUUCCAGACGGACCUGAAAGGCUGGGGGCUUCGCACCUUGGAAUUUAUACCAAAGGGCAGGUUUGUCUGUGAAUAUGCCGGGGAGAUUUUAGGAUCCUCUGAAGCGCAGAGGAGAAUUCACUUACAAACGAUCCAUGACUCCAAUUACAUUCUAGCCGUCAGGGAGCACGUGUCCCAGGGGCAGGUCCUGGCCACGUUUGUGGACCCUACCCACACGGGCAAUGUCGGGCGGUUCCUUAACCAUUCCUGUGCGCCAAACCUGCUGAUGGUUCCUGUCCGAAUUGACUCAAUGGUACCCAAGUUGGCACUGUUUGCAGCCAAAGACAUUUUACCAGGAGAAGAACUCUGUUACGACUACUCAGGGAGGUUUCUUAAUCGUUCAGAUGGUGAAGACAAAGACGGGCUGGAUAAUGGGAAACUGAGAAAGCCUUGCUACUGUGGGGCCAAAUCAUGUACCGCGUUCCUGCCUUACGACAGCUCGCUGUACUGCCCUGGGUAGGAAAGAGAUUCCGGCCCGCUGGCCGCCCUGUCCCGUGUCAACAAGAAGGAAGCAAACAUGGGGCUCAGCCUCAUCUGUGUUCCCCGGUGCAGGCGCCCCUCCGUGCAGGGGAGCCGGUGGCCAGCCAGCUUUGCUGCCCGAGUUAACUAGGCGUGUGGCAGAGACCACAGAUGGCUCCCUCAGCAUCCUUUCUCCCGUUCUGUAAUAGCAUCCCCCGUUUUGCCUGGUACAUGGAAUACUCACUUCCUGUGUGGAUGUGGCUCCGUGACUCUGCUGGAGCUAACAGGAUAUCAGUAAAAACUGGCAUGUCCUUCGGUGGAGCUGCCCUUUCUCCUCUUCCUGUUGGCCUGACUGCAUGCUGAGGGCUAAGGCUGCAGCAGUCCUGGAGCACCCAAGAUCACCCUGGCAAAGGGCCGAGAAUAGCACAUGAACAAGAUGGAAAGGGAACUGCAUCUCUGGCACCACAGAACAUCCUAUGAGUUGUGGCCUGACACCCUGGACUUCUAAAGAUUUGUUUGUUUAUUUGAGAGGCAGAGUUACAGAGAAGCAGAGUCAGAGAGGUCUUCCACCCACUGGUUCACUCCCCAAAUGGCCGUGAUGGCUGGAGUUGGGCCAAUCCAAAGCCAGGAGCCAGCAGCUUCUUCCAGGUCUCCCACGUGGGUGCAGGGGCCCAAGCACUUGGGCCAUCUUCUUCUGCUUUCCCAGGCCAUUGCAGAGUGGGAUCGGAAGGGAGGCAGCUGGGAUUCGAACAGGUGCCCAUAUGGGAUGCCAGUGCUACAGACGGCAGCUUUACCCGUUACUCCACAGCACCAGUGCCCUCACCCCUGGACUUUUAGAUGAAUAGUUUCUCCCUUAAGUCAAUACUCUUGAGAGUUUGUUAGCACUCACACUAAUGUUAAUCAUUAUCCAAGAGAACCUGUAGGUGCAUACCUAAACCCUACCUUCUAUUAAGUUAUGAUAUUUUUUUCCUAAUAAUUUAUUUACUUAUUUGAAAGAAGGAGUGACACGGAGGGAGGCAGAAAGAAAAACAGAUAUUCCAUCCAUUGGCUCAGUCCCCAAAUGGCUACAAGUACCAGGGCUGGGUCAGGCCAAAGCCAGGAGCCACGAGCUUCAUCUGGGACUCCCACAUGAGUAGCAGGGACUCAGGCCCUUGGGCCAUCCUCUGCUGCUUUCCCAGAUGCGUUAGCAGGGAGCUGGAUCGGAAGUGGAGCAGCUGGGUGGCAAACCAGUGCUCCACUGUGGAAUUCCGGCAUCCCAUGCAGCAGUGUAACCUCCGUACCACACAGCCCACCCCAGCCUUCUGAUCAGCUUUUUUUGGCAAUAAAAGUGCUACUCUGAUUUCUGUCCAACUCCUGCAUCUUAUUUCUCUAAGCAUGGAUCAAGGGGAAAAAAACUACAAUUAAUUAUCACCUGCAUGAAGUCUAAUAAUAUCACCAAUUAUUGUGUUGUCCUUUUAACGUUAAUUUACUGUCAUCUACUUAGAAGGCAGAGACUAUGCAAAGAAACACACAAGGAGAGAGAUCUUCCAUCCGCUGGUUCACCCCUGAAAUGUGUGCAACAGCCAUGGCUAUACCAUGGCAAAGCCAUGAGCCCCGAACCCCAGCCAGGUCUCCCACAUGGGUGACAGGGCCCCCAGCACUUGGGCCAUCAUCUGCUGCCCUCCACGAUAUAUCAGCAGGAGCUGGACAGAACACAUUAGGUGGGACUGGAACCAGCCCUCCAGAAUGGAUGUGGGCACCCCACACAGUGGCUUAACCCACUGCACCACAACAGCAUCGGUGAGCUUGUUCUUAGCCACUCAACAGCAUUAUGUUUUGCCUGGCUGCCCAAAGCACAGGUCAUCGAUAAUUUUCCUCCUCCCCACAGCUGGUCAGUCACUGACCAAGUCCCAUAAAGACACGCCCUGCACACCCCCUGUAUACUCUUCCCUCCUGCUUCCACCACCUCUCCCCUGCAGCAGCCUGGCCGCCCUCCCAUCUGUGCCCUGCCGUGCGUUCUCCACCUCCCAACCCUUCCAAGACUUCUCAGCACUCCCAGGAAGGUGCCCAAGCUCCUGCAUGGGCCGGACGUCCCUGUGGAAGAAGCUUAAAGCAGGAUGCUUAAGUCUGCCUUCAGAAAGAGGGAGGCAG